AUUUCACUCACAGCUUCUGGACGAUCAGGACAGGUUCUUGCUUCAACAGUGAUUGAACGGAACUUCAAUCUCGCUGGAAUUUCGCUUUGAAAAAGUCUAAUUUAAUAUUUAUUAUUUUUUUUAUCAACCUUUUGAUAAUAAAACGACAAAAAUCAGAAAUGGAUUCUCAGAUUCGCCAGAACUACGACCGCGACUGCGAGGCUUUGAUCAACAAGAUGGUGAAUCUGGAGCUUUACGCUUCCUACACUUACACUUCAAUGGCUCACUACUUCAAACGGGAUGAUGUCGCACUUCCCGGUUUCGCCAAGUUCUUCAAGGAGAACAGCGAGGAGGAGCGCGAGCAUGCCGAGAAAUUCAUGGAGUUCCAGAACAAGAGGGGUGGACGCAUUGUCCUUCAGGACGUAAAGAAGCCUGAGCGCGAUGAGUGGGACAAUGGGCUGGUCGCUAUGCAGGCUGCUCUUCAGCUGGAGAAGAACGUCAACCAGGCUCUGCUGGACCUGCAUAAGGUCGCCUCUGAGAAGGGAGACCCUCAUCUGUGUGACUUUCUGGAGACUCACUACCUGAAUGAGCAGGUUGAGGCCAUCAAGAAGCUUGGUGACCACAUCACCAACCUUUCCAAGAUGGAUGCUGGAAACAACAGGAUGGCGGAGUACCUGUUUGACAAGCACACCCUGCAAAGCUAAAUGCAGACCCCUGCUUACUGCAGAACCUCCAGCUAUACUCUAGGCUUAAAUCAUCAAGCUAAUGUUGUCAUGCAGCUCUUGGGCAAAAUUUUAGUCUUGAAAGAUUGAAAAGUGAAGAUUGAAAAGUUAACAUUUAGAGGCUACAUGUCACUGUAUAACAUGUAUGGCACAUUAAAUUAGCCAUCAAGCCAAUGCUUUCUUGAAUGUACACUGGUUUUAAUCUGCUGAAAACAUUUUUGGCUGGAUUUACGUGUCUUGGUUUUGUGAACAGAAGACACUUUAGAGGUAGUAGGUGAAUACAGAAGUGAACCAGCACAUAAGUGUUUGAACCUUGUGUCUUUUUGCAGUCAAUUUAUUUUUUCUGGCCUACAAAAGGGUAAUGAUUGAACUAAAGGUAAACAAAUCAAAGUUUUUAUGGGGCUAACUGCUGCCAGAUGUAAUGCAUUAUAUCUUGAUGGUCCUUUUGAUGACCAUGCUUUUAUUUCAAACCUACAUGCAGGAGGAAAGCUAUUAGAAGUUCAGAUCAAAUGGUUUAGUGACUAUAAUGUUUUUUUUUUUUUUUUUUUUUUUUUCAUCCCUUUUAACACCUCUUUACAACCUGGUAGAUUAAAAUCAGUGAACACUGGAUCACCCUGCACAUUUUAACACAAUACAGCUUAUAUUGAUUAUAACUAAAUAGGCUAUGUUCAGUCUACUUAGGUUCAUGAAUAAAUGCAUUAUGUAAACCUGA